CUCGCUCAGUAGUAAUGAUAUAUUUUAACAGAACAAUAUUUUAAAUCAUCAGACAUGACUAAGAUCGUUCAUUUUUUUUAUACUUACUUAUUUUACUUUACCGCAAAACUGUCAUUGGCGUCGAACGUAUCCAUAUCAUCAACUGCGACCAUAGAUGUGUUGCCUGACGGAUGUCAAAAUCUUCUGCAAUCAUUUGCUAAUGAGACAGCCAAGUUUACACUGUGUGUAGUUACUAAUGCUCGGCCGAUCACUGUAUGUGAAAAAUGUGUGAACGAGUUCAAUCAAGUAUUUAAGAGAUAUGAAGAAAUUCAAAAGUUACACAACAAUGAUAGUGAGGUAGACUGUCGAGCAGUUUUAACUAAUAUCGAUCGGUUACAAGUUGUGUAUGCAAGCUAUAACUAUGUGUUGGACAUGUGGGAAAAAGCGUCAUGCAAACUGUGUUUAAAUGGUACUGUUUUCAAUGACAAGACAAAAGGAGUGAUGAUACGCGGUGAUAAUUUAGAUGAAUGUAUAUCAAAACACAUAAACAACACAAAACUUUCAAACUCAUCACUUUGUGCCGAUUGCAAACAAUACUAUAUUAAUUUAACCGAUUACUAUAAUAUGUAUAAAAAUGAAAACACAUUUUGUAUGGAUGUGGUAGAUUUAAUUAACACUACACAAAGUGAUUGGAGUUACAAGUUUAAAUGUCAUGAAUCUAACUAUGAUUCCGAAUGGAUUUUACUUGUCAUUUCGGCAAUUGUACUUUUAACACCCGUUUUAUUUUAUUUUAUCAAUUGGCUAGUAUCUCAGGAAAGAUCGAAUUUAUUAUUAUCACAAAACCGUUGGCAUCAAGGAUUUACAAAUAAUGCAGCAUCGACUUCUGGAUACGUCGUCAUAUCUUAAAAUUGAUGUUUGUGUCUGUUGAACUAUCAGUACUUUAAAAAUGUAUUAUAUUGUGACUCAAGUGUGUUAUAAGCUGAUAAUAUUAUAAUAUGUUUUUUCAUGUAAUUACAAUUGUUAAGUUAGUUAAUCAUAUUUAGUGUCAACUGUGAUAUUUGUAAAUUGUGAGACAAUUAUAAAAAUGUACUACAAUUAUUGUUUAUUAUAUUAUUUAUUUAAUUAAAGUAUCUGAAAACAAAUUGUAAUAAUUUGUAAAUUAUCAUUAUUAUUAUUACUUUAUUUUUAUACAAUUAUAUCAUGUUAUAUUUUAUUUAAUAUUUUAAUCUGUUCUAAUAUAUUUUUUGUAACUUGUCAUUUACAAUAUCCAAAUACACUUACCCACCUUGUUUUGAA